AUGCCUUAUGGCGUACCCAAAUUCAUGGACUUCCUUUACAAUACGAUCUUCUUGGGUAUAUUGAUGACUGUGCGUAACUGGAUUCAUGCUACUCUGGCACGUCCAGUCCUUGCAGAUGUUCACACUAUUGACACUGCUAUUAUUCUUUGGCAAACUUUACAACAACGAUAUCGAGAUGUCUCCAUGGCCCGACAACUGGAGUUACGUCAACAUUUUCACUCUUUUCGUAAAGAGUCCUUAUCGCCUGAUGUUUACUGUCGCGAUCUCAAGUCUUUGGCGGAUCAGUUACGUGAUCUAAAUAUUUCUAUAGCUGAGACGGAUUUAAUUGCACAAGCUUUGGCUGGUCUUGACUCUGAUUAUAAAGAUUUUGUAACCAUGGUUGCUAAUUUGGAGACUACUAUUACGUAUCAGAAUUUUCGGUGCCGACUUGUUGCAUAUGAUGAUCGUCGUCUACGUAUGGACUCUCUUAUUUCGUCUCCUAAUGAACAUAAAGCUUUAACUACAGCUGCUAUCCCUCCAUCAAACUCUAUUGCUCCUAUUUCAAAUUAUAGGAGUUGUGGGAGUGGUAGUAGAGGAAGGGGGAGAAGCGGUAGGGGAGGAGGUCGGUAUUUUAGUACUGGGCGUGGAGGCUCUUCUUCUAGUUAG